CGGCGGAACGCGUGGGGGAACCUGUCCUACGCCGACCUCAUCACCAAAGCCAUCGAGAGCGCCCCGGACAAGCGGCUCACGCUCUCUCAAAUCUACGACUGGAUGGUCCGUUACGUGCCCUACUUCAAGGAUAAAGGCGACAGCAACAGCUCGGCCGGCUGGAAGAACUCCAUCCGGCACAACCUGUCGCUGCACACCCGUUUCAUCCGCGUGCAGAACGAGGGCACCGGCAAGAGCUCGUGGUGGAUGCUGAACCCUGAGGGAGGAAAGACGGGCAAGACCCCGCGGCGCAGGGCAGUGUCCAUGGACAACGGGGCCAAGUUCCUGCGUAUCAAGGGCAAAGCAAGCAAGAAGAAGCAGCUGCAGGCACCCGAGCGAAGCCCCGAUGACAGCCCCCCGGGCGCGCCAGCCCCGGGGCCCAUGCCUGUGGCUGCCAAGUGGGCCACCAGCCCGGCCUCGCACGCCAGCGACGACUAUGAGGCGUGGGCCGACUUCCGCGGCAGCGGCAGACCCCUGCUCGGGGAG